AUGUUCUACGAGCCGUACUAUGGUCUGAUCAUGCACGGCAAUCGAGAGCUCGGCUUCGGCAUCGCCCGCGGCGCUAGCAAUUUCGUCAAGAAGACCGUCUUUGGCGUCUCAGACAGUGUCUCGAAGCUCACAGGCUCCAUCAGCAAGGGCUUAGCUGCCGUCACGAUGGACCGCGACUUCCAGUCCCGCUGGCGUGCUAAGCGCUUCCGCAACAAGCCGAAGCAUGCUUUCUAUGGCAUCGCCACCGGCGCCAACUCGUUUCUGACGAGUGUCGCCAGUGGCAUCGAAGGCCUUGCCCUCCGCCCACUCGAAGGCGCGGAAGAUGGCGGCGCGUCUGGCUUUAUGCAGGGCCUCGGGCGUGGUCUGGUCGGCGCCCUGACAAAGCCUGCCGCCGGUGCCUUUGACAUGGCCAGCAGCAUCACCGAGGGCCUGCGCAACACGACGCUCGUAUUUGAGCAAAACAGCAUCGAUCGGGUACGACUCCCCCGUUUCAUCGCUAGUGACCACGUGGUGCGUCCAUUUUCAGAACGCGAGGCUCUCGGUCAGAUGUGGCUGCAGACCAUGGAUGCCGGCCGCCUCGUGCGUGAUGAAUACGUCGCCCACAUCAAUACUCCUGGUCCUCAUGGCGGUGCGACCAUCAUGCUCACGGAGACACGCAUCCUGUACGUGCGCACGGCACAUCUAAAGGCACUCUGGGAAGUUCGUGUGGUCCGAUCUGAGCACAAUCUCGCUCGAAAGCAAUGGCAUUUCGCUCGUACUCCGCGGUGGGGUUCUCGGCCCCUAUCUCACCAUUCCGGAAGAAAGCACACGUCUGUGGCUAUUCCGUCAGAUCUCAGGCGUCGUGCAGAAAUACAACGCCGCUCAUGCUUAGAUGACCGACACCCGUGCAUUCUGUCAUGCUCGUCUCCCAUACUUCCUGUACUCUUUGUAUUUGCUUCCUGCGUCACGCGCAAUGCCUGGGCGACUCUCCUCCGCUUUCGGUCACUCGCGCAACAACGGCAGUCGCCAUACCUCCACAUUCGCUCGUCUCACCCCACCGACACCCAUGUCUCGGCUCAUGCACAGUAUCACGUGAUUUACACGUAA